AUGACACACUUGAACGACCCCACCACCGCUGAACGCGCCCAGGAACACGCCUGGCACCGCGCCAUCGCCAACCUGCAGGCAGACGUCGAGGCAUACAAGUCCGCCGGGGACGCCGCCCAAAGAGCAGCAGCAGCGAGCACCGUCGCCCUCUCCCUCCGGCGCGCCGGCGCGCUGCACCCCGACCCCAGCGUGGCGCACAAGAUGGCGGAGGACGCGGACGCGUUCGAGCGCGCGGACGCGGGCGAGAAGGAGCGCAUGAUGCACCCCCUGCUGACCGGCCUCGCCGUCCUGCUCGGCACCCCGUUCGCCCUCGUCGGCGCUGUGCUCGUCGCCGCGGGCGGCGUCGUCUACGGCGUCGCGAAGACCCUCGAGGGCGUCGGCAGGGGCCUCGCCGCGGGCCCCGAGUACCUGUACGCGCUCUGGGCGCGCUCGCGCGCCCCGCAGAGCUAG